AGAGAGAGAGAGUCCUGCUACUGCUGCUGCUCUCUGCACCAGACACAGACACAACUAGACACAGUCUCUGAUCUCACCAGCUAGCCCAGCAGCCAGAUCUCUGUCUGAGCCUCUGCCCUACCUUGCCUGACCACUGCCCUGCAGUGUUCUCUGUUUUCCAGCAACACACUUUCUACAGAAGACUUAGAAAGAAAAGGAAGAUUAGAGAGAAAGAGUCCUGUUGACUCUUUCCUGUCCGUCCAUCUGACUGAACCCAAGGUGAAGGCAGAGAGAGAGAGAAGAGGCGUGGCGUAAGCGGCGAGGGCAACGCCCCCCCCUACUGGAAGGACAGUGGUAGCUCCGCCUCCACUUCUGAGUCAGGACCCCUCUGCACUGUGUGUCCCCCAGGCGCCUCUACAGGACAAGACGGUACACACACACACGAGGAGCUGAACCAGAACCAAGGGAGCCAGCCAGACAGCCUGUCAAUCAGGCAGACAGCCACCGUACGGAGCUGAACAGCAGCAGUACUGCAGUGGAUUUGGUUGAAAGCUAAAUAGAGGAGCAGCCCCGCGGUGUUGAAGAGGAUAAGGAUUUGGAUUGGGGUAACAGGCAGUGCUGUAACAGACCUGCGCCUCACUCAGAGGCACUCUACUCUCUUGGCCUCUGCUGCGCUGUGGGACAUGGGGGCGGGCUGGAGGGCUGAGGCGGCACUGGAGUCAAAUUCGCUGUGGAAACUGCCCUGCCGAGAGUUAGAUUAGAUAGUGCUUGGGUCUGACUGUGAGGAUCUGAUUGCACGUGUGGAGGGGGAGGGGGGGGGGGGCUCGGCGUGGAUACGGCUCUCUCCUUCUACUCCGUCUCCUGCCUUCGUUCCCAUUCUCCCUUCCACCCCCCCCCACCCCCCCCUGCGGGCCGAGUGUUUAGCCAUGGACCGAGGCUGAGUGGAUGCUGCUGCCUGACAGGGUGUCUGUGAGGCGGCUGCCGUCUGUUCCUGAACCCCCCUGAUCCCCCUUCAUGCCGUGCUGUGGGCUGGGCCAUCGCCGGAGAGCACAGCUUCCAUACGGUUCGGCGGACUCCUACACCAGCCGUCCAUCAGACUCCGAUGUGUCCUUGGAGGAGGAUAAGGAGGCCGUGCGACGAGAGGCAGAGCGGCAGGCUCAGGCACAGCUGGAGAAGGCCAAGACUAAACCGGUUGCGUUUGCUGUCCGCACAAAUGUCAACUACUGUGCCACCAACGAUGACGACGUCCCCGUGCCGGGCAUGGCCAUCUCCUUUGAGGCUAAAGACUUCCUCCACGUCAAAGAGAAAUUUAAUAACGACUGGUGGAUAGGGCGCCUGGUGAAGGAAGGCUGUGAAAUCGGUUUCAUCCCCAGUCCUGUGAAGAUCGAGAACACUCGGAUUCAACACGAGCAGAGAGCCAAACAGGGCAAGUUCCAUUCCGGUAAAUCGGGAGCAAACUCCUCUACCAGUUUAGGUGAAGUGGUUCCUAACUCGCGGAAAUCCACCCCCCCUUCCUCUGCCUUUGACAUAGAUGCCACAGGCUUAGACCCCGAGGACAAUGAGCUUCCAGUCCACCUCCGCUCCCCUAAAGCCAGUCAGCCAAACACUGUCAUGUCAUCCACCCUAGCCAAAGAGAAACGAAUGCCCUUCUUUAAGAAGACGGAACACAUUCCUCCAUACGACGUUGUGCCUUCCAUGCGACCUGUGGUCCUGGUUGGACCGUCACUGAAGGGCUAUGAGGUGACAGAUAUGAUGCAAAAGGCACUGUUUGACUUUUUGAAACACCGAUUUGAAGGGAGAAUAUCAAUCACUCGUGUCACGGCAGACAUCUCUCUUGCCAAACGCUCGGUCCUCAACAACCCUAGUAAGCACGCCAUCAUCGAGCGCUCCAACACACGCUCCAACCUUGUAGCUGAAGUGCAAAGUGAGAUAGAGCGUAUCUUUGAGCUGGCCCGGACCUUGCAGCUGGUGGUUCUGGACGCAGACACCAUCAACCACCCGGCCCAAUUGGGAAAGACCUCCCUGGCCCCUAUCAUCGUCUACGUCAAGAUCUCCUCUCCUAAGGUUCUGCAGAGGCUCAUCAAGUCCAGAGGGAAGUCCCAGGCCAAGCACCUCAAUGUCCAGAUGGUCGCUGCAGACAAACUGGCCCAGUGCCCUGCCGAGAUGUUUGACAUCAUCCUGGAUGAAAACCAACUGGAGGAUGCGUGUGAGCACAUGGCUGAUUACCUGGAGGCCUACUGGAAGAGCACCCACCCCGCCAGCUGCAACCCCCCCAAUCCGCUGCUGCCCAAGGUGUCCACGGCCGCCCUGCCCUCCAGCCCCGCUCCUGUCUCCAGCAUGCAGGGCAGCGGAGCAGAGCAGAAAACAGGGGACAAGGCAGGACAAGGUGUGGAGAGGAAGGGCUCCAGGGAGGACCACCACCAUCACCACCACCACAGCCAGCAUCAGAGCCAGGAGCAGCCAGACGGGGAGAGGGAGGAGGAGGAGGAGGAGGAGGAGGAGGAGGGGAGGCCCCUGAGGACAGAGUCUUCCAGGAGACCCCAGCACAUCCACCACCGCUCCUCCUCCCAGCGGACUGAGCAGCACCACAACAACCACCACCACCAUCAUCAUACUGGUGGCGGUGGUAGCCGGGGCAAGGGCCUCUCCCGGGGGGAGACACAGGACUCAGAGACCCCCGAGAGCCGGGAGAGCAGAGAAAGCAGAGACUCAGCCUACAUAGAGCCCCGCACUCACCUCCUCCACCAGGAGGAAGAGGAAGAAGAGUUUGGAGAGGAGGAGUAUGAGGAGGAGGGGCUGGGAGAGGGGGGGCACCCUCAGCAGGGGCGCUACGAGGCUCCGCCUCACCCCAGGGACCACAACCACCAUCACCACCACCACCAUCACCGUGGCGGCACUGGCGAGGAGGCAGACCAGGGUACGACAGGACACCACCGCUCCAAGGAGCGCAACGAGCAGGACCACAACGAGCGCAACAAGCCGCGCGGUCACCAGCACCACCAACGACCGGCCCGCGAUCACCACCAGUACUAUGACCGGGACAGGGACAGGGACAGGGAAGGGGAGGUGGCCCCCAAAAAGAGGGGCGACACAGGGGACUGGGCCAGAGACCCCUAUAUUCACCAGUGACAGCCCAGCCCCUAGACCACAAACCCCCUCACACACUGAGACAGUGGUACUGUAGGACUCACCCCCCUCUUUCCCAAACCAUUCUGUUGUCCCAUCAUGCUGCUAUACUCUUAAGCCCCUGCGUCCCCUGUUUAUGUCCGCUUCCUUUGUAAAGCCUGCUGCAUCCUUAGCAACGGCAGUAUUUUGAUCAUAUAUAGAUAUGGAUAUAUAAAUAUAUAAAUGUGUGUAUCAAUACAUAGACGUUGUCGUUUAUGUGUGGAUAUGCAUGGAUCUUCUCAAAUAUGUAUAUUUUCAACCUGUGUUUGAUAACGCAUGACACAACAG